CCGCACACACACGCACACACGCACGCACUGACUGUGGAGCGGGCAGCUCAGUCCCGGUCCGGCAGCCGGUACAGGACACACCGAGACAGUGGACCGGACACCGCCUUACUGUGUGGACAUGGGAGACAUGGGGGACCCGCCGAAAAAGAAGCGGCUGGUAUCGUUGUGCGUGGGCUGCGGGAAUCAGAUCCACGACCAGUACAUCCUGCGGGUCUCUCCGGACCUGGAGUGGCACGCAGCCUGUCUGAAGUGCGCCGAGUGCAGCCAGUAUCUGGACGAGUCCUGCACGUGCUUCGUCCGGGACGGGAAGACCUACUGCAAACGGGACUACAUCAGGUUGUACGGCAUUAAGUGCGCUAAGUGUAACAUCGGCUUCAGUAAAAAUGACUUCGUGAUGCGGGCUCGGUCCAAAGUCUACCACAUCGAGUGUUUCCGCUGCGUGGCCUGCAGCCGGCAGCUCAUCCCGGGGGACGAGUUCGCCCUGCGCGAGGACGGCCUCUUCUGCCGGGCCGACCACGACGUGGUGGAGCGGGCCAGCCUGGGUUCGGACCCGCUCAGCCCCCUGCAUCCCGCCAGACCGCUGCAGAUGGCAGCAGAACCAAUCUCGGCCCGGCAACCCGCUCUGCGGCCUCACGUCCACAAGCAGCCGGAGAAGACGACCCGGGUCCGGACGGUUCUGAACGAGAAGCAGCUGCACACGCUGCGGACCUGUUACAACGCGAACCCGAGACCCGACGCGCUGAUGAAGGAGCAGCUGGUGGAGAUGACGGGUCUGAGCCCGCGGGUCAUCCGGGUCUGGUUCCAGAAUAAACGGUGCAAGGACAAGAAGCGCAGCCUGCUGAUGAAGCAGCUGCAGCAACAGCAGCCCAACGACAAGACGAACAUCCAGGGAAUGACGGGGACCCCGAUGGUGGCGGCCAGUCCAGAACGGCACGACGGCGGGAUUCAGGCGAACCCGGUGGAGGUCCAGAGCUACCAGCCGCCCUGGAAGGUUCUGAGUGACUUCGCCCUGCAGAGCGACAUCGAACAGCCGGCCUUCCAGCAACUGGUGUCUUUCUCGGAGGGGGGUCCCGGUUCCAACUCGACGGGCAGUGAGGUCGCGUCCAUGUCGUCACAGCUGCCGGACACGCCGAACAGCAUGUCGAGUCCCAUCGAGGCCUGAUCCAGACCCGCCGUCCACACGACCCCCCCCCCCCCCCCCUGGUUGGAUUUUGACACUGUGAAGACAAUCAUGGGAUUUUACUACAGACACCGCCCGCGUGCGUCACGGCUGCUGCAGCCGUACACGCGCCUGAUUCCAGUUUUUGCCAAACCUGAAGAACUGAACCGGACCGAAUAACGGACCCGUAAGAACCAAUCCGAACAUUGGGAGGAGCUGAAAGUCCAGCAGGUGACGUUCUGAGUUCGAUCCACGCACCUCAUCGUGUCAUGUGUGAGCGCGUGACGGGGACAGCAGUGUCUUUUGUUCGCGGCCCAAACGAAGCAUUUCGAACCAGGUAUACCUCUGUUGUGCACACGCGGGGCGUGCGUGUGUCCGUCCACAGCGUUUUGUUUUCUUUCCCAAAGAUGUGCAUAAUUAAUAAUGAGUUCAAAUAGCGUCAGCCUGACGAGAGGUUCUGUUUUUUUUCCCAUGCAACAAAAAUUAUUUAUUAUUUAUUGUUGACAAAUUUGCCACCUUUUGUGUAAUUUUUCUUAAGUGAAGUAAAAACUAACAAAAA